AUGAAAGCUCUCCACCACACACGGGGAUCAGGGGACUAUGGAAAACUCGCCAUUGCCACAGCCACCAUUCUCGGAAUCCUCACACUGGGGGCCCUUAUAUACUUACUGGCAUGGUACGUUCGACGAAGACUCCGCGCCCGACGACUUCGUCGCCAGGAAAGCCACGAGAAUGACCAAUUCGACCAGUCCGCAGUGUCCCUAGCCGAGGACACAGGCAGGACCCUAGAUGACUUCCUCAUGAAGGAUAUCCAACCCGAACGGAACUCAAUCAUGUUUAACAGAAGCCGGUCUCCAUCCAUCACCAUCAUCAUUGACGACGCCAACACCGUCCGCUGCAAGUCUCCAUCUCGCCCUUACCUCACACAAUAUGAUGCGGCAGCUUCUUCAUCGCCAGAUACACACACCCUGACACAAACCCUGUCUCAAGAAUCGAGUACUGAUGAGUCGCGAUCAGACCAGACUCAGUGGAGCAGCUCGGGGCGGCGUUCGUCAAGCACGACGCCUAGAGCAUCUACCUCGUCAUCUAUCGUCCCAACAUCGGGAUCAUCCCAGAUUUGGACUACGACUGCUAGCACGCCGUCAGACCAGACUCAGACGAGCAGCUCGGGACAGCGUUCGUCAAACAAUACACCAAGAGCAUCCAUGUCGUCAUCCGUCGUCCCUGCUGGCGCUGAGACGUUUUCGCUUCUUAGCCAAUCUUCAAACUCGCACUAUCCUCAAAGUCCUACUGGUCCACCGACAGCCCGGAGCUCGCAGGUAUACACGCGUCGUUCGAAUGCUGCUUCUGGUGCAUCGAGUCGUCCGUCCAGUGCAGGUGUCUUGCAGGCUGCGUCCCGGAUGUUCAAUGAAGCGGAGGCUUCUCGGAUGGCUUAUUCGAGAAAUACUGGCUCUGUUGGAUCGAUGACUCCCACUUCUCCUGUUUCCCCGGUUUUGGUGGACGUCUCGGCUGAAAAUGAGCCCCAAUGGACAUCUGUUCCCCCGGCCCCUUUUCCUUUCAGUCAGCUUUGA